UUCGAAGGAAAAUUCUGGAGAUCACAUUAGGUAUAAAUAUAAUUUCCAGCGAAUGCUCUGGAAGGGACUACAGAUCAUUCCCCGCUUGUUGUUUCCAUCUUAUUUCGGUUUCUCCUGCGAUUAGUGAGCUUCUUGCGACUGAAAAUCCUAAGCUGGGCUAUGACUAGAUUGAUUAUACUUUGCUCCUUCAAGAUUUUUGACACAAGAUUUAAAAACUUGAAAUUGCUCCACGCUCAUUUGAUUAUUUAAAAUUUGAAGCGAUUGUUGAAGGCUUUACAAUUAUUAACGCUAAUACAGAGCGGCUACUUGGAAGAAGUUAGCAGUUAUAAGCGCCCAUGGCGACAGCUUCAGCAUCUUUCAGAUCCAGAGAAGAUCAUAGAAAGCAGUUAGAGCUCGAAGAGGCUCGCAAGGCUGGGCUUGCACCAGCAGAAGUCGAUGAAGAUGGCAAGGAGAUCAAUCCUCAUAUCCCUCAGUAUAUGUCAUCAGCACCAUGGUAUCUCAAUGCAGAGAAACCGAAGAGUUUGAAACAUCAAAGGAAAUGGAAGUCGGAUCCACACUAUUCAAAAGAUUGGUAUGAUAGAGGUGCCAAGGUUUACCAGGCUGAUAAAUACAGAAAGGGUGCAUGCAUAAACUGUGGGGCAAUGACACAUGAUGUUAAGUCUUGCAUGGAAAGACCUCGAAAAAUCGGAGCAAAAUGGACAAAUAAGCGAAUAGCACCUGAUGAGAAAGUGGAGAACUUUGAGCUUGAUUAUGAUGGCAAACGAGAUAGAUGGAAUGGCUAUGAUCCGGCUACAUAUGCUCAGGUUAUAGAUAGAUAUGCAGCUAGGGAAGAGGCAAGGAUAAAAUAUCUGAAAGACCAGCAGUUGAAAAAGUUGGAGCAGAAGAAUAAUAAUCCUGAAAAAAGUGGACAGGAUAGUGAUGAGGAUGAUGAAGAAGAUGCUUUGAAGGUGGACGAAGCUAAAGUUGAUGAGAGCAAGCAGAUGGAUUUUGCCAAGGUAGAAAAGCGCGUGCGUACUACUGGAGGUGGUAGUACAGGAACAGUCAGAAAUCUGCGUAUUCGAGAAGACACUGCUAAGUAUCUUCUGAAUCUAGAUGUGAAUUCUGCUCAUUAUGAUCCAAAAAACCGGUCAAUGAGAGAGGAUCCUCUGCUUGACAGUGAUCCAAAUGAGAAGUUCUAUGGAGGCGAUAACCAAUACAGGAUUACAGGCCAAGCUCAGGAUUUCAGGCAACUAAACAUACAUGCGUGGGAAGCAUUUGAGAAAGGUCAAGAUAUACACUUGCAAGCAGCUCCGUCUCAAGCAGAACUAUUAUACAGGGAAUUCAAAAUCAAGAAAGAAAAACUUAAGUCUCAAACAAAGGAGGAUAUCUUGCGUAAGUAUGGGAAUGCAGCAUCUGAAGAUAAGCUUCCAACAGAACUUCUAUUGGGUCAAUCUGAAAGACAAGUUGAAUAUGAUAGAGCAGGUCGUGUGAUUAAGGGCCAAGAGAAGACUGCACCAAAGAGCAAAUACGAGGAAGAUUUAUUUAUUAACAAUCAUACCUCUGUUUGGGGUUCCUGGUGGAAGGACCACCAAUGGGGUUACAAGUGUUGUAAGCAGACAAUAAAGAAUAGCUACUGCACAGGGUUGGCAGGAAUUGAAGUUACUGAAUCAGCAUCUGAUCUGAUGAAAGCAAACUUUAUGUUGAAAGAGGCCGUUGAAGAAAAGCCUCUGCAACAUGAGGUAAAAAACCCUGCAACCUGGGGUACUGAUGUAACAGAUAAUCUUCUUCUUGAUAAGAAACGUUUGGCAGAGGCCCUUAAACAGGAGGAUGAGAGAAAGAGGGAGGAGAAGGAUGAAAGAAAAAGAAGAUAUAAUGUCAGCUGGAAUGAUGAGGUUACUGCCGAAGAUAUGGAGGCAUAUAGAAUGAAGAAAGUUCAUCAUGAUGAUCCGAUGAAAGACUUUCUGCAUUGAUCGGGACAUCCAUCUUUGUCCUCCACUUUGCUUUGAAGCAAAUUUAGGAAGGCAACUUACUGGUACUUUGUAUUUUAUUUCUUCCUGCCAUGUAAAUUGUCACACAACUUGCUGGAAAUACAAGAUUUUAUGCUGGAUGA